AUGUCCGCCUUCAGUGAAAUUGCCCAGCAAUUCGUCCAGUUCUACUACCAGACCUUCGACGCCGACCGCUCCUCCCUGGCCGGACUCUACCGCGACCACUCCAUGCUCACCUUCGAGACCAGCUCGAUCCAGGGUGUUUCCAACAUCGUUGAGAAGCUGACCAGCCUCCCCUUCCAGAAGGUUGUCCACAAGGUCAACACCCUCGACGCUCAGCCCUCCAGCCAGGAUGGUAGCAUCCUGGUCAUGGUCACCGGUGCUCUCUUGGUCGACGAGGAGCAAAACCCCAUGAACUACACCCAGAGCUUCAACCUCAUCCCCGAGAACGGCAGCUACUACGUCCAGAACGACAUCUUCCGUCUGAUUUACAACGCAUAA